GUCUCUGUUCAAUCCUCUCUUCAAUUUCUCCACACUGAAACCCUAAUUUCACAACAGAGAAAAGAAACAGAUGAUGGAGUCAGGUCUUCCUUCGAAGACGUUCUCGGGUGUUCGCUUCGCCCUCGUCGGAUUCAAUCCCACCGAUGGCAACACGUUACGGUCAAAGCUUCAGAGUGGUGGUGGUGUUGAUGUUGGCCAAUGCAGUCAAGACUUUACUCACCUCAUUGUAGACAAACUUGUUUAUGAUGAUCCGGUUUGUGUUGCUGCUCGAAGCAGUGGGAAAGUGGUUGUUACUGGGUCGUGGGUUCAUCACAGUUUCGACGUUGGAAUGCUUAUUGAUUCAAAUUCGGUUUUGUAUAGGCCUCUUAGAGAUUUGAAUGGGAUUCCAGGUUCCAAGAGCUUAAUUGUGUGCUUGACUGGGUACCAACGUCAAGAUAGAGAAGACAUUAUGACAAUGGUUGAUUUGAUGGGUGGGCAGUUCUCUAAGCCCUUGGUUGCUAACCGAAUAACUCAUCUUAUAUGCUACAAGUUUGAGGGAGAAAAGUAUGAGCUAGCUAAGCGGAUGAAGAGGAUUAAGAUAGUGAACCACCGGUGGUUAGAGGACUGCUUAAAGAACUGGAAGCUCCUUCCUGAGGCUGACUACGAGAUAAGUGGCUAUGACCUGGAGAUGAUGGAGGCUUCAGCUCGGGAUUCUGAGGACGAAGCAGAAGAUGCCUCUGUGAAGCGUGCGAACAACAGUCCUCUUGGUCUUAGGGUCGGUACUGUAGCUACAGUUAAAAUGCCCAAGUCAGAAGGAAAAGAUAUUCCGGUUGUCCAAACAAAACCAGAUGAACAGGGCGGUUCAUCACUAUGCAAUACGUCCAAAGAUAAUUGGUUAACUCCUAAAAAGAUGGAAAACACGGUCUCUACUGAUGCAGUUGCUGCUCAGCAGAAAGCAGGCACAUCUCAGAAUACUUCUAGUUAUGCGUCCCCUGUUCAAGUCAACAAGACUUCUGAGAGAGUGAUGGGCAAAAUGGAGACUGAUGGCACAACACCUGUUAACGUGAGUAUCAGAAGGCAUUCUUCUCUAGCCACUUAUUCAAGGAAAACACUUCAGAGAUCGCCAGAAACAAGUACCUUGGGAAACGAGUCAAGUUGCCAAAACGGUACCUUGAGAAUGGAUGACAGAGGCCUAAAAGCUUCGUCUGCCUUUAAUAUCUCUGCAUCAAAGUCAGGUUCUUCCUUGGAAAGAACGACACUCUUUCAGGAUCUUGAUAAGAUUGAUAAGUUGGAUGGCGAGGUGUCUCCUCGUCCCGUGUUGCCUCAGGGGAAACUAACAGAUGGAUCUGUCAGUAGCAAAGGUUCAGAAAAGAUACACCACAGCAGCGAGGCAAGUAUUCCACUACCCACUAGUUUGUUACCGCAGGAAUUAAGAACGGGUUCGCCUAAAGAAAACCUUAGGCCUGUGCCGAGCAUUAACGAUCCAACUGAAAGGAGGAAAGUUGGCCAUAACUCGCCUGCUAUAUCAACUGCAGAGAAAAUCAUUUCGAAAGGUGUACCGGAUGAAAUACCGGAGAGGUCAUCAGUUGAGCCAAUGAUGGGCAAUAUCUCGUUGCAGGAACCAAGAUCAGGCUCACCUAAACAAAACCUUAUGGUUGUGCCAAACAUCAAUGACAACACUGAAGGUAAGGAAGUUGCACAUAAUUUGGAUAUGACUGAUUCGGCAACUAAGCUAUUCAGUUCAAGUGGUGUGUUAAUGGAAGCUGAUAAAUGGGCUGCACUAGAUAAAGUACCUGAAAGAUCCGUAACUGAGCCUGUAAUGAUGAGAUCUAGCACCUCUCCUGGGACGGGUUUAACAGGAAUGAUGGAUCAAGUAGAAACAGAGCUGCCCAAGAAGAAAACAGCUCCAAGAAAGACUCUAGGGACCAGAGGCAGGAAAAAGAACCCUAUUAGCCAAAAGGGAUCUAUAUACUUGAGCGAACCUACCCCAAAGGACGAGCACACUGAUGGUCUAAUCAAAGGAAACGUUUUGGCUUCGGCAACAGAUGAUGGCAAUCAGAAAGAGAUAUCAAGUCCUGUCCUAAAUGCUGAGGUUUUACCAGAAAUGGCCAAACGUAGUGACUCAGAGACUGAAGCCCUUGAUAGAGUUGACUCUGAUAAGCUGCAGGCUAAGACCCCAGAGGAAGCUGAUGCAGAGGCGGAAAUUACAAUGCUAGAAUCAGAGCUUGCUGAUGUUCCAACUAAAGAUCCAAGUGAUGGUGCAUUACAAUUAGGGGCCACUAAGAGUAAUAAUAAACGCACGGGGAAGGCUACUGUGGGUAAAAAUAGCCUUCUAAGUGGGAAGAAAGGAAGUUCUUCAAUAGCCCAAGUAGGAAAUUCUGGUAACAUGAAGACCAAAAAGUCUAGAAAAGAAGAUGAUGCCAAAGCAAACGAUACAGUGAUGGAGGAUAUAAGGGAUAAAUCAGCGAACGAGAUGGAAAGCUCUGCAUUGGAAAAUGAAUCUGGGAAGGUCAGUUCUGGUGGAGACCAAAGCCCAGCUACUGGAGAAACAUUAGUAAGUACUGAAGCUGAAACUAAGGAUCCAAGCGAUGCUCCAGUGCAAUUAGCAGUUGGUAAGAAUAAUGGCAAACGCAGAAAGGAAGCCACUGGUGGAAAAAAUAAGCUUCAAAGUGGGAAGAAAAGAAGGUCUUCUACAGUCGAACCUGAAAAGGAUAGUGUCAAAAAGACUAAAAAGUCCAAAAAUGAUGAUGAGACGGAAGCAAACGAUGCUGUGAUGAAUGGUAUAGGGAUUAACUCUGCAGAAGUGAACGAGAAGGUAGCCGUGGAUAAGAAACCUGAGGAUGUCAGUUCUGAAGGAGUUCAAAGCCCAGUUGCAAGGAAACCAUUAGCAAGAAAGGAGAAAGUAGCGAAGGACGAUGCUGCAAUGCAGUUGGAGGUUCCUAAGAAUAAGCGUAAAAACAGAAAGGAGGCAACUGUAGAAAGAAGUAGCCUUCAAAGUGGAGAGAAAGAAAGUUCUUCGACAAUUGAAGUAGGAACAUCCAGUGUCAAGAAACCUAAAAAGUCUAAGAAGGAAAGUGCCGCCAAAGUAACCGACACUGUGAUGAAAGACGUAGAUGAUAACUCUGCAGAAGAGAAGGAGAACACUGCAGUGGAUAAUAAAUCUGGUAGAGACAAAAGCCUAAGAAAGAAAGCUGCAAAGUCAGCUAAAACGGGGACAAAGGCGGUGAAAGAGUCAAAGCAGCUCAGUAAAAAAGCUCUACAGGAACAGAAACAGGAACCCAAGCAUUUUAUAGUCAGUGGUCCUAAGGUCCAGAGAAAGGAAUACCAGAAGAUCCUUAGGCUUUUAAAAGGCAAAAGUUGCAGGGAUUCUCAUCAGUGGUCUUAUCAAGCUACACAUUUCAUUGCUCCUGAAAUCCGUAGGACUGAAAAGUUUUUCGCUGCUGCUGCUUCUGGAAGUUGGAUUCUGAAAACUGAUUAUGUGGCUGAUUCAAAGGAAGCUGGGAAGCUAUUACCAGAGGAGCCUUAUGAAUGGCACAGUACUGGUCUUAGUGCUGAUGGUACAAUAAGCCUUGAGUCCCCAAGGAAAUGGCGGCUCGUCAAGGAGCAAACAGGACAUGGGGCUUUACAAGGCCUGCGCAUUGUUGUAUACGGUGACUGCUCCAUCCCUUCUUUGGACACGUUGAAGCGAGCUGUGAAAGCAGGGGAUGGUACUAUACUAGCAACCGCACCGCCUUACACGCGGUUCUUGAAUCAGAACACUGAUUUCGCGUUGAUAAGCCCCGGGACGCCGCGUGAUGAUGUCUGGAUCCAGGAGUUCAUACGGCACGAGAUCCCUUGCGUCCUCGCGGAUUACAUUGUGGAGUACGUUUGCAAACCUGGAUACGCACUUGACAAGCACGUGCUCUACAAUACAAACACAUGGGCAGAAAGGUCUUUUAAGAAGCUCCAGCUUAGUGCUAGAGACUAAAGAGGAAGAAGCUCAGCUGGUGCAUGUUGCUUGUGACUCACGGAGCUAUAUGAUAACCCAAAAUCAUUUCUCCCUCACAAACUUCAUGUUCUUCAUGCCUGUUUAUCUCUUAUGUAAUAAAUAUAUCAAUCGCAUUAACUUGUUUUGGUGACUUUGUAAAAUAAUAACAAGUUUGGAGAUUCAAGUUAAAAUAGAUUAUUUCUUCGGU